AUGGCAUCAUCCUCCAAGUCUUUUCUUCUUCUUGACUUUAUGUUUGCUCUUGUGAUCCUCAUCUCCUUUGAGGUCUCAGCUCGUGAGCUAGCGGAAAUUACGAAGCCAGCAAUUCCUAUUAGGGGUAAUACCUAUCCCUUUAAAGGCCGACUAAGUACUUCACCUCCCAAAUGCCAUCCGUAUGCUAGACCAUGUCUCAUGACCCCGCCCCCGCCCAAACCACAACCAGGACCUGGUGCUGUUGAGAUUGAAAUUGGGAAUUAA